CCUUGGUUAUUAGAGGAGGAAAACGGUCUUGGCUGCGCACAGAAUGGCCAGGUGUCUGGAUAGUACAGGUGUGCACCAGUGUCUGCGUAUGGUUGAGAGCUGCAGCUUGCUGUGUGCCCCAGGUAACUGAGAUGGAGAAGCGGCUGUGCAGUUUGCAGGUGCUGGUUGAGGAGGGUCCCUACAUCUUUAUUUCAGAGUGGGAUUGGACCGAGUGUACCUUUGGGUUUCUGGGUGAGCCAGAAUGAUCGGUCCCAUGAGUCCCUCCUGCCUUUUAAAGCCAUGAACUUACGUUUUCUGACAGCCUCCACAUGAGCACGUGCCUGCUGUUAGCUCUUUGAUACUGUAGCUCUCAGAUAAAAGUUGGAGGCAGCGCCAAAAGAGACAGGCUGCAUGUCCAUUCCUGAGGUGAACUGCUGCUAAUAUAGCACAGGGUUCUUCUGUAUGUGUGUGUUAUGAAAGUGCCCAGGAUACCAAAGAGGAGAGCAGUCUCCGGGCUUUGACUGAAGACGGUAGUUGUGUGAACUACACAGAAGCAAUCAUUUUGCCAUAUGAUGGUUCUGCAUGUUUCGCAUGAAAUUUUGCAGGGGGAAAAAUCAGAGACAGCUUAGAAAUUGAAACAGGUAGAUCUGUAGUGAACCUGUAUGGCUGGGUAUUUAAUGUUGUUUACUUAUGAGGAUAAAAAUCCAUUCUGAAGACUGGUGGAGGUGCACCAUCACUGAGAGAGCCUAUUAGAUGCUUGACCUUAAAAUAUAUUUCCUUACGGUUAGCACCGUACUGCUUUGCAUUCUGUAAGUGUUACUGCUUUAUGGUUUUCACUCUCGGGUCAGAUAUUGCUUAUGUUUACUCCCUGUUCUGCUUGAUGAAUCAUUCUUUAGCAAGUGGCUUUGAAAUCUGUAAUGUGUAUUCAGGAACAUUAGAGAAAUGUGUUUUUACUGUAAAAAUUACAGAGCUGUCUAGCAUUCUGUGUACGAAAUUGCUCUGUAGGGUUUCUGCUAGGCUAAAAUAAGCUACCUUCUGUUUCUUGGUUUUUUUCUGUCACUGUAAUUAUUCAGUUUAUUCUCUGAUUUUAUUCUUUAAUUAUCUAUUUACUCUCAAUUUUCUUCUAUCUCUCCUUCCUUUUUCUUGUCUUCCAGUUUUGACUGUACUAACACCAUUGCUACUCUUAGAGCGUUACCUUCUCCCAGUACCUGUGCUUGGCCAUCAGACACUAUGAGGAGACUGGCUUUUCGAGGUGCUGGUUGUACUCUGAAGAAGUUGGAUUCCAUGGGUUCCAAGAGGCGAAGAGCUACCUCUCCUUCCAGCAGCGUCAGCGGAGGAGACUUUGAUGAUGCCCACCACUCCACAAACAUACCAGGCCCGAGCAGAAAGAGGAGGAGACUUUCCAAUCUCCCAACAGUAGAUCCUAUUGCUGUAUGCCACGAACUUUACAACACCAUCAGAGAUUACAAAGAUGAACAGGGCAGGCUCCUUUGUGAGCUUUUCAUUAGGGCACCGAAGCGAAGAAAUCAGCCAGAUUAUUAUGAAGUGGUUUCUCAGCCAAUUGAUUUAAUGAAAAUCCAACAAAAGCUAAAGAUGGAGGAAUAUGAUGACGUGAAUGUGCUGACUGCAGAUUUUCAACUUCUCUUCAACAACGCAAAGGCUUACUAUAAGCCUGAUUCUCCUGAAUAUAAAGCUGCCUGCAAAUUAUGGGAGUUGUACUUGCGCACAAAAAAUGAAUUUGUUCAGAAAGGUGAUGCUGAGGAGGAUGAUGAUGAUGAAGAAGGACAUGACAGUCAAGAAUUAUCAUCUCCAGGUUACCUGAAGGAAAUUCUUGAACAGCUUCUUGAAGCUAUAGCUGUUGCCACAAACCCAUCAGGGCGCCUCAUCAGUGAACUGUUUCAGAAACUUCCCUCUAAAGUGCAAUAUCCAGAUUAUUAUGCAAUAAUAAAGGAGCCCAUAGAUCUUAAAACCAUUGCCCAAAGGAUACAGAAUGGAACUUACAAAAGCAUUCAUGCAAUGGCCAAGGAUAUAGAUCUUCUGGCAAAGAAUGCCAAAACCUACAAUGAGCCCGGAUCACAAGUAUUCAAGGAUGCAAAUGCAAUUAAAAAAAUAUUUAAUAUGAAAAAGGCUGAAAUUGAACACAGUGAGUUGGCCAAGUCAAGUCUCCGAAUCAGUAACAAAAGAUCCGCCCAAGGGGAUCGUUUAUCAGCAAUAACCAUGGCAUUGCAAUAUGGAUCAGAAAGUGAUGAGGAUGCAGCUUUGGCAGCUGCUGCUCGUUAUGAAGAGGGAGAAUCUGAAGCCGAGAGCAUUACUUCCUUCAUGGACACUUCUAAUCCUCUUUAUCAGCUUUAUGACACAGUUAGAAGUUGCCGAAAUAAUCAGGGCCAGCUCAUAUCUGAACCCUUUUUCCACUUGCCUUCCAAGAAAAAGUAUCCUGAUUAUUAUCAGCAAAUUAAAACACCUAUUUCAUUGCAGCAGAUCAGAACCAAACUGAAGAACCAUGAAUAUGAAACUUUAGAUCAGUUGGAGGCUGAUCUGAAUUUGAUGUUUGAAAACGCCAAGCGCUACAAUGUUCCCAAUUCUGCCAUCUAUAAAAGAGUACUGAAAAUGCAGCAGGUUAUGCAGGCAAAGAAGAAGGAGCUUGCUAGAAGAGAUGACAUUGAGGAUGGGGACAGUAUGAUUUCUUCAGCUACGUCUGAUACUGGAAGCUCAAAAAGGAAAAGUAAAAAGAAUAUCCGAAAGCAACGAAUGAAGAUUUUAUACAAUGCAGUUCUGGAAGCUCGAGAGCCAGGCACAGGCAGACGGCUCUGUGAUCUGUUUAUGGUGAAGCCAUCCAAAAAGGACUAUCCAGACUAUUAUAAAAUUAUCUUGGAGCCAAUGGACUUGAAAAUGAUAGAACACAACAUCCGCAAUGAUAAGUAUGCAGGGGAAGAAGCCAUGAUUGAAGACAUGAAGCUCAUGUUCCGAAAUGCAAGGCAUUACAAUGAGGAAGGCUCCCAGGUAUACAAUGAUGCCCAUAUGCUGGAAAAGAUCCUUAAAGAAAAAAGGAAAGAACUGGGACCCCUAGCUGAAGAUGAUGAUGUUGCAUCCCCUAAACUAAAGCUAAGUAGAAAAAGUGGCAUUUCUCCGAAGAAAUCGAAAUACAUGACUCCAAUGCAACAGAAAUUGAAUGAGGUGUAUGAAGCAGUAAAGAAUUACACCGAUAAACGAGGCCGGCGACUGAGUGCCAUCUUCUUGAGGCUGCCAUCUCGGUCUGAACUUCCGGACUACUAUGUGACCAUUAAAAAGCCCGUUGACAUGGAGAAGAUCAGAAGCCAUAUGAUGGCAAAUAAAUACCAGGAUAUUGAUUCCAUGGUAGAGGACUUUGUAAUGAUGUUCAAUAACGCUUGCACGUAUAAUGAGCCAGAGUCUUUAAUUUAUAAAGAUGCCUUGGUCCUGCAUAAAGUUUUGCUUGAAACUCGGAGAGAAAUAGAAGGAGAUGAGGAUUCUCACGUGCCCAAUGUCACUUUGCUGAUUCAGGAACUUAUCCAUAACCUUUUUGUAUCUGUUAUGAGCCACCAGGAUGAUGAGGGCAGAUGCUACAGUGACUCCUUAGCUGAGAUUCCUGCUGUGGAUCCCAACUUCCCAAAUAAACCUCCUCUGACUUUUGAUAUUAUCCGAAAAAAUGUUGAAAAUAAUCGCUAUAGGAGAUUGGACUUAUUCCAGGAGAAUAUGUUUGAGGUACUGGAGAGGGCAAGGAGAAUGAACAGGACUGAUUCGGAGAUUUACGAGGAUGCAGUCGAACUUCAGCAGUUCUUUAUUAAAAUCAGAGAUGAACUUUGUAAGAAUGGAGAGAUUCUUCUGUCACCUGCUCUCAGCUAUACCACCAAGCAUCUUCACAAUGAUGUAGAAAAGGAAAAGAAGGAAAAGCUGCCCAAAGAAAUAGAGGAGGAUAAGCUCAAAAGAGAGGAGGAGAAGAGAGAAGCUGAAAAGAGUGAAGAUUCUUCUGGAUCAGCUGGGCUGUCAAGCUUGCAUCGGACCUACAGCCAGGAUUGCAGCUUCAAGAACAGCAUGUAUCACGUAGGAGAUUAUGUGUACGUGGAGCCUGCUGAAGCCAAUUUGCAACCUCAUAUAGUCUGUAUUGAGAGGCUGUGGGAAGAUUCAGCUGGAGAGAAAUGGCUCUAUGGGUGUUGGUUUUAUCGGCCAAAUGAAACGUUCCAUCUCGCAACACGAAAGUUCUUGGAGAAAGAAGUUUUUAAAAGUGAUUAUUACAAUAAAGUUCCCGUUAGCAAAAUUUUAGGCAAAUGUGUGGUCAUGUUUGUCAAGGAGUAUUUUAAGUUGUGUCCUGAAAACUUCAGAGAUGAGGAUGUGUACGUCUGCGAGUCACGUUACUCUGCAAAGACAAAAUCUUUUAAAAAGAUUAAACUGUGGACUAUGCCUGUGAGCUCUGUAAGGUUUGUCCCACGAGAUGUGCCCCUGCCUGUGGUCCGUGUUGCUUCUGUGUUUGCAAAUACAGACAAAGUAGAUGAGGAGAAACAGUCUGAAUCAUUGGAGGACAGUAAGAUGGGAGAAAGCGUCCAUCUUGAAAAGGACAAAGAAGAUGUUCCAGUAGAAAUGUCCAAUGGAGAACCUGGUUGCCAUUACUUUGAACAGCUUUGCUACAAUGAUAUGUGGCUUAAGGUUGGGGACUGCGUCUUCAUAAAAUCGCACGGGUUAGUGCGACCUCGAGUAGGAAGGAUUGAAAAGAUGUGGGUGCGCGAUGGAGCAGCAUAUUUCUUUGGUCCAAUCUUUAUACAUCCUGAAGAAACUGAGCAUGAACCAACUAAAAUGUUCUACAAGAAGGAAGUGUUUUUGAGUAACUUGGAGGAGACCUGUCCGAUGACUUGCAUUUUGGGAAAGUGUGUAGUUCUGUCGUUCAAAGACUUCCUCUCCUGCAGACCAACAGAAAUCUCUGAAAACGAUGUUUUCCUUUGUGAGAGCCGCUACAAUGAAAGCGACAAGCAAAUGAAGAAAUUUAAAGGACUGAAGAGGUUUUCACUCUCUGCAAAAGUUGUAGAUGAUGAAAUAUACUAUUUUAGAAAACCCAUAGUUCCUCAGAAGGAACCAUCUCCUCUGCUGGAAAAGAAAAUUCAGCAGCUAGAAGCAAAAUUUGCUGAGUUAGAAGGAGGUGAUGAGGACAUGGAAGAGAUGGGAGAAGAGGAAGGUGAUAUGACUGAAACACCUUCUAUGCCUCAGCUUCAGGCCCCAUUAACUAGUGAAUUGGAUAUAAUGCCUUAUACUCCUCCACAGUCCACUCCCAAGUCUGUUAAGGGCAGCACCAAGAAGGAGGGAUCAAAAAGGAAGAUCAACAUGAGUGGGUACAUCUUAUUUAGCAGUGAGAUGAGAGCUGUGAUUAAAGCUCAGCACCCAGAUUACUCCUUUGGAGAGCUCAGCAGGCUUGUAGGAACUGAAUGGAGAAACUUGGAAGCAACAAAGAAAGCAGAAUAUGAAGAGCGGGCAGCUAAAGUUGCUGAGCAGCAGGAGAGAGAGCGAGCAGCACAGCAGCAGAAUUCCUCCCCCCGGGCAGGCACUCCUGUCGGGGCUCUUAUGGGGGUGGUGCCGCCACCAACACCAAUGGGAAUGCUCAAUCAGCAGUUGACACCCGUUGCAGGCAUGAUAAGUGGCUAUCCACCGGUGCUGCCACCUUUGCAGGGCCCAGUUGAUGGCAUUGUUAGCAUGGGCAGCAUGCAGCCACUUCACCCAGGGGUGCCCCCACCCCAUCAACUUCCGCCAGGUAUGCCAGGCAUCCCAGGCAUCCCACCACCCGGUGUUAUAGGCCAAAAUGUGUCCCCCAUGGUAGGCACUCCAGCACCCGGAGCAAGUCCUUUUGGACAGCCGAUAGGAAUCCUUGGCCCGCCAGGACAGCAGGCCCCCCCUCCGUACCCCGGCCAGAGCCCAGCGAGUCAGCCCGUUAUGCAGCAGCCCACAACUCCCAUGUUCGUCUCCCCUCCACCAAAGACACAAAGGCUUCUUCACUCUGAAGCCUAUCUGAAAUACAUUGAGGGGCUUAGUGCUGAAUCAAAUAGUAUCAGCAAGUGGGACCAGACCCUUGCAGCACGAAGACGAGAUGUCCACUUAUCGAAAGAACAAGAGAGCCGGCUCCCUUCACACUGGUUGAAAAGUAAAGGGGCUCAUACCACAAUGGCUGAUGCAUUGUGGCGUCUGCGAGACUUGAUGCUCCGAGACACCCUCAAUAUCCGUCAGGCAUACAACAUAGAAAAUGUUUAGUUGCUUAAUUGCUUCUUUCUUUGAUACCGGCAUAUAAGGAGUUUUGUGGAACAAUAGCUGUUUUAGUUACUGGGUGGGAAGAGGUAACCAACAAUAAUUUGUAUUGCAUUUUACUGUACAUUGCAAGACCAUUUUUAUAUAAGGACACUUUUAAUAAGCAUAUUUCACUUUUUGUUAUAUUAAGUUGACUUUAUCAAAUACACAAAUUUUUUGCAUAUGUUUCCUUUGUUUGAAAGGCGAUUUCAUAAUUGGUUAAGUGUAGUCAAGGAUUCAUCUUUCUUAUACUUUAUUGCUGAGACUCUGAUGCCAUUGUUUUUAUAUAAAAGAAGAAAAAAGAAAACAAAGUAUUUACAGAUUGAUACAGUGGAAUGUGAAAUUAGUCAUAGUUUACAUCUUAGAAGAAUAUGUGUACAUGUGCUUGUGUGUGCUAGCCACUUCCAGCAGAAAUCGCUUGGAUGUGAACAGGGAGGAUCUCUUAGAAGAAGCUAAAGGUAAGAUGCGCAUUAGUGUUAGGUAAAAUGACAUUUCAGGUCAAUACUGAGGCAGCUGAGUGGGUCACAGCAAUCGUGGAAGUGCUAGUGUGAACGGGACAAGGGUGUCUUGACUGCUAAUGUUGUCCAAUCCUGUCCGGUGUUUGUGUAGCCAAGGCCAUUGCGAUCCUAAAUCAGUAACAGAAUACAUGUGCUGGCAUGUGUGUGAAAUGUGUCAUCUGCCCUGACCUGCUUUGGAGUUCUGUGAUGUCCCUCACACAGAGCAUUGGGAAGGGGAAGAUUCCUCCCUAAGCAAUCCCGUCUGUGUGGGGGAGAGGCUUGCACCAGUCCAGGUCUUGGAAGGUAAGUUAGAGGAGAAAUGGAGUUGUUUUCUUAGUGAAAUAAUGUGAUGUUUAUAAAUUCACACAUAUUCUGUUAAUGAUUGGGCAUUGUAGGACAUUUUUGUAUGCUUUCUUUAAGUGUAUUGAUUCACCUUAAUGAAAGUUUUGCAAUGCAAAUUUUGAAAGAAAUUUGAUGCUGAAAUUAACUUUAAAGUAAAAUACUACUGUACGGUA